UUGGGAUCCCCUCGUCCACCCUGCUCCUCUCCUUCCUCCUCCUCACAAGUCACACCACAGCGCCGGCCUCCUCUUACCACACAAAUCCUACACCAAUUCCCUACCGAUCUCUAUCCAGUCCGCGCCCCCAAGGACCUCACCUCACCUUCCUGGUUAGGGACGGAUUCAGAGAUUUAGAUUGUCCUUUCGCUGAUUGCCUGCAAUCUUGUGGCUCGGCCAGAUGAUCUGCGUACUCGGAAUUGUGAUCUAGAAAUGGAGCCGUCGGAUCUGAACAUCCACCUGCCGCCGCGGAAGAGGCUGCUCGCCGGGCUCAGGACAGCGGCCACCGCCUGCGAUGCUGAGCCCCUCCCGUCCCCGGUCGCCUCCGGCGAUCUUGCUGCCCGCCUCCGCGAGAUGGCGCGCGCGGCGAACGAGUCGUCCUCCUCGCCUGAAGAAAUGAUCGAGGCGGCGAGGGCGGCUGCAGCGGCCGCUGCUGAUGCUGCCGUGGCUGCCCGCGCCGCCGCGGCGGAGAAGGCGGCCGUGGCUGCCAAGGCUAGGGCAGCUGCUCGGGCUGCUAUGGAGUUCCUCGAUUCCGUUUCCAGGACAGGCGCGUCGAGGAAUAGGAAUGGCCUCCAGUUCAAGGUGAAGUCGAGGAAGAAGCAUGUCCAGGUCAAGCUGCUGUACAAGCCCAAUGGAACCAUGGGGGAUGCACCGAAGCCUCGGAGGCGCAGGGAGAGCGAUGAAGAGGUCGCACGCAACUUGCACCGUGCGAUGAAUAGCUCACCAAGGAUCUCUCACACUGGACCACCAAAGAGGCCUCGCAGCACCGCCGGUGAUGGGAAAGAUGGAGUUGCCCCUGCUGUGAGUGACGGUGGGGGUGGUGCUGAUGCUUGCAAUGGUUCUUCAACUCAUGCGCCAACUGUGGUUGACGGGUUGGCUAAUGGAUGCUCUGAAGGGAAAUCCAUUGAGAGAACAGUUCCAUUGUUCGAGCAUGAGGGACCUAAUGAUGGUGGUGAAGACUUGUCCAGGAACACCGCAAAGAGCAGCGGCGAUGUUGCUGAUAAUGGAGUUGGGAUUGGAAACUUCAGUGCCGGUAGGAAAGUGAAGAUCAAGAGAAAGGAACUGCUUCUGAACCAACACGGCAGUAAAGAAACAGAAGAGCACAAAGACACAGAAUCCUCUGUACAUUCUAUAGGACAUGAUGAAUCGAAGUCGAAUGGAAAUGGCGCAGAGAAGCGUAUGGGUCCUGCAGAUGCUAAGGCCCCAGGUGUUAGCGUGGCACCAAUGAAGAUUACAUCUGUGUGGAAGUUCAAGAAAUUGAAAAUGUCACAUUGUUCUUCGGACAGCAAGGUGUUGCACAACGUGUGUUCCUCCCCUUCGGCAGCUGAAACCUCUGCUUCGGUGAAAGCUGAUUAGUGAGGUACCAUUGUUCCUCUCCUUCAGCAGCUGAAACCUCUGCUUCGGCGGUGAAAGCUGAUUAGCGAGGUAUCUUAGCGAAUAGUCGGCAGAUGCUUGUCCUAGCUACCCCUGUUGUGAGAUUUUUGUGUGUUGAAAUUGCUAUUCGGACAAAGAGGGAGAGGAGGUACUCUCUCUCGGUAGAUUUCACCUUUGCUUUGAGUCUUUAUGGUAUAUAAGUUGCUGGGUAUUUCUACCGAAUUGUUUGUGUUGUGCUCUUCCCAUUUCAUGUCUGCAGUGAUAGAGACUCUGAGAAACUCGUGUAACUGUACUAGUUAUACGUAUCAUUCUAAUAAAUGAUGCUCGUCACAUACUAAACUUGUAAUGGCGCUUCUGUCUUCUCUUGAGUAAAUAACCCGUUUGCUCUCUUA